AGACAUUGAAUAUCAGUGCAAUAUGGGUCCAGGAUCGGUUCCAGCCUUGGUUUUGUGUGCAUGGAGUUUGCACGUUCUUCCUGUACUUGUCAGGGUAGCUGUGAAAAUCAAGCUGGGCUGGUGCUGGUGCUGGUGUGCAGUGGAUCAGAGGUGGUGAAAUGAGAGCAGGGUGCAGGGUGGGCAGGAUGGCGUCUGCGUGCUGCCCUCACUGGCCGUGUCCGUGCGAUCGGCUCCUCAAGUCGGCGCAGUUCCGAGAGGAAGCGAGCCAGGAGCAGGAGGAACACACGGACGCCGUCUCCCAGCCGAGCAGCAUGGACAUCGCGCUGUUACAAGAGCAGUACAACUCCAUCAGGGAGAAGCAGAAACGCGAGACCAGGGUGAUUUGUUUUGCCAAAGCAUCAUCCACCAAUGAAGAGAUCUCCGGCAAAUCCCUGGUCAAUGUGGUUCCCAUGCGACAGAUCCGACAUGCCCUUACGAGGCAGGAUUCUGUCCAGGAACCUCUAUUUGACUUUGUCAGGGACCCAGACAAUGCCACGUGGCGCACACACCUAGGAAUGUACCGCAGGACUUACUCGAUUACUGACACCAAACAAGCUCAACUCGGCAACCACAAGACCAGCAUUGGAGACUCAACAUCAAUCUCUACAGAUAACACCGUGCACAGUGUGGAGGUCACAGAUUCAAGUGAUCAGUUAUCUGAAGACUGUGAAGGUUAUGGCAAUAGACAUCAUCUCAGCAAAAAAGUGCAGGAGGAUUGUGGAUCUGAUGGUUUCCGGAAGUUCUCAGCACCUGCAGCGUUGACCAGACAGUUGAGCAGUGGGAGCUACCAGUCCACUCAUACCCCCGUGAGUCCAUACUACCCUUUCCCCCAGAUCAAAUGUCCCAGGAAGUCUGAGGCAGCACGCAGGCUGGGGCUUUACUCAUCAUUCUGACAACAUGGGUUAAACGCAAAAAAAGCAAGAAAAAAUAAAACACCAAGAGCUGUGCAAUAGUGCUUUUAUAGACAUUUCAAAAUUAUUUUCAUGUACAAUAACAACUUUCUUGUAGCGAUAAAAUAGUACAUCCUGUGUCUACUUGCAUUCAUCAAAAUGACUGAGUGGAUGUCAUCACUUAAAUGUGUUCAUUCCAGGUUUCAAAAUAACCCAAACAUGUAUUUUUAAUAUGCUGUAAUAUAAUAGUGGUCUGAUUACAAAACAACCAGUGUAAAGAAUUUUUACUUGUUGUAUUAUACUGUGCAUGUGCAUCUACACAAGUAAUUCAGUAUGCAUUAAUGCAAGAGGAUUAUUAUUCAAAAAGGCUGAUUUGUUACUCAAGUGUUUGUAGGGGUGUGUGAGUCUGAUUUACUUCUCUGAAUCAUCUUGUCUUUUAUUCACAAGUACCUGCUCACUUGAUCAGUACUUCCAUGCUUUAGUGUUUUAUUGGCUUAAUAGUAUUGUGUACACAGAGCCAUCAAGAAAGGGAUGGAAAUAAAAAUCACAACCUGGUAGUUCAAUUAUUGUUAACCUCUUCACCUUCUGAUAAACCAUGUUUUGGAAUGAAGAGUUGUAUAUAUCUUGUAUGCAUGUUCAUCAUAUUACUUAAGCAAAACUUUUCUUGUAUCAGAGAUUCCCCAUUUCCUCCAGAAAGCCUUAUAUGCUGUAGACAUGCUGAAAAAUGUAAAAUGUUUUACAUUUUGCUUGUGCCUUUUUUUUUUUUUACUCUAGGCAGUUAAUAUUAACCGACUGUAGUGAGGGUUUUCCUUGCUCAAGGUCACAAUGUCAACAGAACUGAAUAAUAAUUAGCUCGUUUGAUUAUGGAUCACAUUACUGAAAUGCAGUUGGGUCCUGUGUACUGUAUGUCCACAUAUCUGCGAGUAUAAUUUAUUUUUAUUGAAUUUAAUUAAAUUGAAAUUAGA